AUGGCACUUGGCGGACUACAAGAGAGCUGCAUCAGUCCUACAAACGACAAGAGACCCACAUCGAAAGAAGGAUCCAGGCCGGAUAGCCAGCCAAAAUCCCCAACAGCGAUGGAACCUGCAAAACGAGAGGUUGAACAACCCGGAUGUGACCCACGUGAACCAGGCUUCAGCCAAAGAAGUCAUGUACCAGCAUCACCAGCGCAUGAUGAACAAACGGUACUGGACUGGCCUUUAUCUGCUUUAGCUGGGAGAUGCAUUGGUAACCCCCAUAGCACUCCAGAGCUGCAUGUUCCGCCAAGAACACCCAUAGCGAGAUUAGAACCACACGGUCCGCCUACCCCAGUUCCACCUCUUCACUGGCAAGGCUACCAAAACUACCACCGGCCCACCUACGCCACAUGGCACAGUCAAGUACAGGAGAGUCGCGAUCAGCAGGCUCAGAACCUCUGUAGUCAUGGUCUGGAACAUGAACAACAGUAA